UCGGAUGUCCCCAAAGAAGAGACAAAUUGAGAUUGAAUAGGUUUAUUGUGUUUUGUAGUCAAAACACGAAAUAUAAUUUUCUACUACAAUUAUUUUAAUUAAUUAGAUGACAAGACAAGUACAGCCAUCGGAAUCUAAACGCACUCUGUCCUACUCUAACCUUCACCCUAUUUACAAUUUUCAAAUCUAACCUCAACGCCUUUUUCUCCGGCCAAAUCUACUUCUAAAAGAGAUGGGUAUAUACCUCAGUUCCCCCAAAACAGAGAAGUUUUCAGAAGAUGGUGGGAAUAAUAGGGUAAAAUAUGGUUUAUCAUCAAUGCAAGGAUGGCGUGCAACAAUGGAAGAUGCUCAUGCAGCAAUACCUGAUUUGGAUGCUUCAACAUCCUUUUUUGGUGUCUAUGAUGGUCAUGGAGGUAAAGUUGUUGCUAAAUUCUGUGCCAAGUAUCUACAUCAGCAAGUGCUCAAGCAUGAAGCAUAUUCACAUGGUGAUAUAGGAACUUCAGUCCAGAAAGCCUUUUUCAGAAUGGACGAGAUGAUGCGUGGUCAGAGAGGAUGGAGGGAGCUGGCUGCAUUAGGGGAUAAGUUAAACAAGUUCACGGGUAUGAUAGAGGGUCUUAUUUGGUCUCCAAAAAAUGGUGAUGGAAACAACCAUGUUGAUGAUUGGGCAUUUGAGGAGGGGCCUCACACUGAUUUUUCUGGCCCUACUUCUGGAUGUACGGCUUGUGUUGCAAUCGUUAGAGAGAACCAACUAAUUGUUUCAAAUGCUGGUGACUCUCGCUGUGUAAUUUCAAGGAAGGGCCAGGCAUACAAUUUAUCGAGGGAUCAUAAACCUGAUCUUGAAGUUGAGAGAGAGAGAAUUUUGAAAGCUGGUGGUUUUAUUCAUGCAGGACGUGUUAAUGGAUGUCUAAAUCUUUCAAGAGCUAUAGGUGACAUGGAAUUCAAGCAGAACAAGUUUUUGCCAGCUGAGAAGCAAACUGUUACUGCCAAUCCAGAUAUAAACACUGUUGAGUUGUGCGAUGAUGAUGACUUUAUUGUGCUAGCUUGUGAUGGCAUAUGGGACUGCAUGUCCAGCCAACAAUUGGUGGAUUUUAUACACGAGCAGCUAAAGUCGGAAAGCAAGCUUUCUGCAGUAUGUGAAAGAGUUCUCGAUAGGUGUUUGGCACCUUCUACUGCCGGAGGUGAAGGAUGUGAUAACAUGACCAUGAUUUUGGUGCAAUUCGAUAAACCUUUUCAGUCUGGGGCUUCUUUAGUGGAAGAACUGCCAGCUUCUAGCGACAAACUCCCUGCUCCCACUGAGGCAAAGACUGAAACAAAACCAGCAGAAUGUGGAUCUAGUUCGUAGUUCCGAGCUCCCCGUUUUGGGUGUGAUACUUCCAAGUCUGCAAUUGUACAUGAUUGUUUUGAUCUCUGUUGAUCUCUACUGCAUAUAUUUUGCUUUUCUUGGUGCUGGUUUUAUAUGUCACUGCAUUUGUAUUAUAACUACUUGGAUGGAUUGUACAGAUAACUUGACCACAGGUUAAAUAUUUCAUGUAGUUGUUUCAAGUGACUUCUAGAGGAGUUCCAUUUUCCA